UCUUGAAUUCUGCGUCACUCACGGGAAUUACACAUAUAUUUUUCAAGCCAGAAAGGCAUAUUUCUCUAUAAAUAAUUUUUGCUAAAAAUCUUAAAGCAAACCACGUAACAAACAUACAAAUAACAAACUUCGCGAUGUACAUACAACGAAAGAUGCGCGGCACCAGCCUCCUCUUUAUCUUCAGCAUCUGCAUUAGUCUGACCCUGGUCGCAGUUACCUUUCAGCAAACUCAGGCGCUGCGUCGCAUUAAACGCGGCUCCUUGGGAACGCAGAAUAAGACACAGCUCGGCGGUGGUGGCGCGCUGGCAGAGCUGAGCAGGCACAGCAACAACUCGGAAGGCAUGAAAAUCGCUGAGAUUACCUCUAGCGCUCCACAACGGCAUGAAGAAGAGGAGAAGGAGCAUAAGGAGCACCACACAUGGGCGAAGAAGGCGGUUGCUGCCGUUGAACACGCUAUCGAUAAAGCCUUUGCAUCCUUUAGCCAUAAGGCGGUAGUUGCCGAGAAGGCCAAAAGACACAUUUCCACGCUAGAAUCGCCGGCUACUCCAACAACUCACAGUGACCGACACAAGAGCACGUUGGCGCAUCUGCUCAACAAGCGUGGUCUAGGCGCUCGCCUGCUGGACGAUAUGCAGCUCGAGACAGGCUUCGGUGGCGGAGAGGGACCUUCGGAGCUACUGAUCAUUGACGAUUCCUACCAGCCAACGAUUGACGCCACACAUAAUGUGCACUCUUACGCCUUGCACCAGCCGAAGCAGCAUAGCCUCGCCGGUGGUUACAAGCGCUUGGCCGAGUUUGGUGAGGAGUUGAAUAAUCUGAAUUCGCCAAAUGUCAAGUCAUACCACUCCAACAACAACAAUUACGGCAAUCACAAUGCGCAUAUUAUGACCGGCAAGCAAAACGAAGAUAACGGUAUUAGUGAGGGAAUUGUACACAAAGACGGAAGCACCAAUCGCAGCCACGACCAUAAUGGAGGCGAGAACAAAGAUGAGUUGAGUCACCGGCGUAACAAUGGGCAUGUGUUGGGCGAGAUGGCUGGGGAAGUCAGAGACAACUCGAAAUACAAUGGCUUUGACAACACCACCAACAACAGCCAUAAUAGCAAUAAUAAUAAUGAUUCGCUUAUCGGCGUCGAAAAGCAUUCCGCAAACAAUCAACAACAGCAGCAACAACAGCAACAACAACACCAACUACACAAUCAACAUUCGCUACAACAGACUGCAAUAAAAAAUUCACUUCCGACGUUAUUAUCACAUUCGCUUAAGACCACCGACGGCAUUGGGCACCGGCAACAACAACAAUUACAGCCACUGAGAGAGAAACAUGAUAGCGAGAAGUCGGUGGAUGUGGGACAAAAGCAUCUACAACAACAACUAACAUCGGCAUCGCUUAUUGCACCGCAUCAACAACAGCAACAACAAACACAACCACAACUCUCAGCAGUUAACCAUUCGAAUGGAAAAAUGUUGCCGAUGGAGAGCCUUCUGAAGUUCGCUAACAUGAUGCUAUACAAGGUGGCACAAGAUGGCGUACCACUACAGGCUCAAGGCGCUCAACUUUCAGUCAGUGGUAGCCCUACAACAUCCGUUAUUAGCAUUGGACCCGUCGUCGAAGGUGCAGAAGAUGUCGCCGUCAUGGAUUAUCUAUACAAUCCAUUCGAGCAACAGCUAAGCUACUUGCGCAACUCCGCCCCGCUUACAGCUACGCCACAGUUGAUUUCAGGCGCGGGUGGUGGUACAGCUUUAGUGCCACGUUCCUUUAUGUUGCCUCCAUACAGCUUGACCGGAUCACCGCAGCCAAUCAACUUCAUCGAAAAUGCCAUAGAUCUACUGAUGAGUGCCGAGGAUGAGGGCAAUGAGGAAUUGGAGCUUGUUUGUCCCAUUCACCACCCAAGGAAGAAAUCCAGCGGCAGCGGUGGGGAUACAAAGGACAAGAAUGGAGUCAUACAAGUCUGUUCGUGUCGUCUCUACAAGAAAAACAAGAACUCUUAAAGUAUGAGGGGAUCCUGAGUUAUACUGUAUAUAUGUAUAUUUUUUUUAUGCCUCUGCUUUGGGUUUCAGUUUUCUCUACCCUUUGAUAUGCAGGAAAUAUAAUUAAUUAAAACUAUUAUAUUAAUACUAAAACCAGUAA